UGGGGACAAACCAUACAAACCCCCCUACCCGGCGACGCGCUCUCUCAGCCCCAAUCUGCAAUCCUGAUAGGCAACAGAAGGCAAUCUCGAAUCUCGAUGGAUGUGGGAGUUGUUCUACAUUCCUUUCUUCCUUCGUGGAGCUCAGCUGGCAUACUUCUGUCGUACUUUGUUUACUUAGCGCUAGCCGGCGCCAUUCUUCCCGGAAAGAACGUUCCUGGUGCUGUGCUCUCCGAUGGCACCCGGUUACACUACCGAUGCAACGGUUUGGCAUCACUAUUUAUACUGAUGGCUCUUUUAGGGAUUGGCGUUAGCUUGAGAUUGAUAUCUCCUACGGUCAUAGCUGACAGGGGAGCUCAGCUAUUUUCAGUUACGUUUAUAUUCAGUGUGAUUGUUACUCUACUCUUGUACAUUACUGGAUGCAAGUCUCACGAUAACAGCUCGUCGCUCAGAGCACGAGCCACAGGAAACUUUAUUCAUGACUGGUGGUUUGGCGUACAGCUAAAUCCUCAUUUCAUGGGUAUCGAUCUCAAAUUCUUUUUUGUCCGCGCGGGUAUGAUGGGAUGGCUUUUCAUCAAUCUCUCUCUCUUCUCCAAAAGUCUUCAAGCUGGCAAUGCAAAUAUCUCCGUUAUUCUUUACCAGCUAUUUUGUGUGUUGUACAUUAUAGACUAUUUCUUCUACGAAGAGUUCAUGACUUCCACGUGGGAUGUGAUUGCAGAGAGUUUGGGCUUCAUGUUAGUCUUCGGAGAUCUAGUAUUCAUUCCUUUCACUUUUAGUAUUCAGGGUUGGUGGCUUUUGCGAAACAAAGUCGAACUUCCAAAAGUAGCUGCUCUUAUGGAUUGUCUGGUUUUUCUCAUUGGCUAUCAAAUAUUUAGAGGAGCUAACAAGCAAAAGCAUGUUUUUAAGAAGGAUCCCAAAGCUCCCAUAUGGGGCAAGCCUCCUAAAGUUAUUGGAGGGAAGUUGCUUGUAUCUGGUUAUUGGGGAAUUUCAAGGCACUGCAAUUACCUUGGAGAUUUACUACUGGCAUUAUCAUUUAGUUUGCCAUGCGGAGCAAGUUCUGUAAUUCCAUACUUCUAUCCCAUAUACCUUCUUAUUCUGUUAAUAUGGAGGGAGAGAAGGGAUGAUUCCAGGUGCUCACAUAAGUACAAAGAAAUCUGGGCAGACUACUGUGAGCAUGUUCCUUGGAGGAUUUUCCCAUAUGUUUAUUAGAAGUAAUCUCUUAUCCUUGAGAGGUAAACAAAUUUUUAAUUCUCAACCUUUUUAACUUUCCGUGCAUUUUAUGCAGCUUCAGAAAUUCAAGCUUGCAAAGCUUUGUACUUUGAAUACUGGUAUUUUAUUUUUUUUUAAACUAUAGUUGUUUUUGGCCUUUUUU